UCCAAUCAGCCUUCACGUCCCGGCCAGUCUCUCGAGCGUUAGUGUGUUGACUACCUGGCUUUACUCCGGCUUGUUCGUUAGCAGGUUAGUCUAUUUCUAUGACAUUUGUUCGCUUUUUAUAAAGACAAAACUCACCAAAGACCAUGAACAGUUUAAUUAGAAAUACUGCGAGGUGUUUGCAGUCUGGAGCGGCCGUCUACAUGCCCAGACAGGCCGACGGACGCGUGUGGACGGCCUCCGCCCGGUUUCUGUGCGCGGCGGCGGACUUCCAGAAAGCCCUUGGAGAUAUGGUGCAGAAGGACAAAGUGGUUGUGUUCAUGAAGGGCACGCCGGCACAGCCCAUGUGUGGCUUCAGUAACGCCGUGGUUCAGAUCCUCCGGAUGCACGGGGUGGACGACUACGCUUCGUACAACGUAUUAGAGGACUCUGAGCUCCGAGAAGGAGUUAAGAAGUUCUCCAACUGGCCCACGAUCCCUCAGGUGUACUUCAGCGGCGAGUUUGUGGGGGGGUGCGACAUCCUGCUGCAGAUGCACCAGAACGGAGAUCUGGUGGACGAGCUGAAGAAGCUGGGCAUCAGCUCUGCACUGCUUGAGGCAGAGAAGGAAUCCAAGUAGAGGAUAAAGGUCGAACAGCUGACGAGACAGAGGACACAUUGAUCAGGUCUAAUCCCCCACUCCGAUGAUGACAGAUAAACCAACUUUAAAGCUAACUCAAAGUUAACUCACCUCUGCAAGCAGUUGGGUGGCAGCACUGUCAUGGUGAUCUUUACUGGGUUUCAUACGUAAACAGAGCUCCUGCUGCACUGCUAAUACUCCUCUGAAUUUAUACAGAUCAUGUACCUGGAGUUGAGGACUUUAAAUUAGGCAGAAUAAAAGGUUAACAGUGUCUUUGCAGGAUUUCAAAGUAAUUUCUCAUCUUUCUACAGGCUUAUUCUUUUUUUUUUUUGUUAUUUAAAGGCAUUUGAACAAGUGGCAAACACAACAAUGACAUAUAAUCACUGUUUAAAUUGAUAUUACAAACGUAUUAGCAUUCUUUGGAGUCGUGUCUGGCCACCUGAUGACAAUCUUAUGUUUAAUUUUUAUUUAACUCUGUUGGAUUUUUUUUUUUAGCUCUUUAGCUGCACCAAACACUUCACCAGUUAGUUGCUAACUGUGUAAACCUGCCACUUGGAGCUUUGCAGCUAGCAUACACUAAGUUAUUCAGAGUUUUUUUGACUGAUGGCAGCCAAAAGCCAACCGGAUUAGUGAAGUUUGGGACCAGAAAACCACUAAAGGAACUGUAAGACGUCAUAAAGCUUUAUAUGGGGAUAAUUAUACGUGUUUGUGUCAAUAGGAGCAAUCUGUUGCAUAACAAACCGUAAUUUCAUUCUUCAAAAUAAAUAUUUCACUAUAUCAGAUUUAAUUUUCCCUUAACGCACGGUGGGAAACUUUAUCCUUUGCCUUCUACUUCCUCCUAUUUGAAUACGUUGCCAUUUCAAUUAUCUAAAUUUUAAGUAGCAGACCUUUUUUCAAACAAUAGAAACCCACAAUAGCUAAGUCGUCCUAAUUUAAUGGCAUUUUGUUAUAAAUUCAGUAAUAAACGCCAGAUAUGACCACACUGUUGGAGAGGAAAACAUUUUAAAACAAGGUUGGACCUUUACUGCCAGAGGGAGGCCGUCAGCUUCCCUCCCUGUGUUUUUAAUUAGUUUACACAAGAAUGCUGGCAAACCUCUGUCAUGUUGACCUGUAAAAGCUCUGCUAGCUUACUGUCCACCUUUAUUUCCCAAGACACAGUCUGAUUCAGACCAAAUAAGCCUCAGGGUACACUUGUUAACAUCUUUAUACCGCUGCCUGGGUCACACCACGAAAAUCUGUCGUCAUACAAGAAAGCCUCCAAAUGCACUGCCUGUAAGGACCUUUAACUAGAAGGAAGAACAACCAGGGGUUAGUACUAAUGCUAAACAUUAGGGAUACGUUUCUGACUAAUAACAUCUUUAAAAAUGCCUUUUGUAGUGGAGCUCACUACAGACAUGGAUCUUGCCUCUCUGACCUUGUAACACACAUGCAGUGUCCAUAUGACUGAGAAAUAGAGUGGUGCAGGAAUGAGUCCUAAAGCCCGGAAAUUAGUCAGCAUUUUACCUCCAGUUCCCUCAUCUCUAAGUCAACGUUUUUUUUGAGCGGUUUUUGGUUAGAUGUCUAAUACAAGUCUGUGGUAAACACACGCUGAAGAGAUUGUGUUCUUUGACAUUAAUAAAAUCAGUAAGAGAACAUUUGUAAAUGCUCGAAGCUUUUAUGCAUUGUGGAAACAGCGGAUGCUAGCAGGUAGCUAAAGAAGACUACUGAACGUCAUCACACAAAACAUUAGCCGCAGUUAGCUUAGCGGUGGUGAUGCCCAGCCAUGCGACCGCAGUGUUUAUAGCCUAGCGUUAGCUCUAUUUACUUCUGCCGAUUGCAUUUACGCUUUUUUUUUUUUUAAUCAUGAAGUGAUGUUAAUAUGUGGAUAUUAUCCUGCUGAACAAAAUAUGGAAGUAUCAUAAAUGUGUGUUUGCCAAAGAUUUCAAAUCCGAUGGAAGAAAACCUUUAACUUUUUGCAGAGCCCCAUGCAAUGCUAACUUCAGGGUGAACCCACAAAAAUAGGGCAUCACUGCACCACUCUAUCGUCCCGUUUGUUCUUCCUGCCAGGAACCACCCACACACACACACGCACACGCACACUCAGUACCCCCUUUGAUUUAAUGUGAGCACCGGCUUAAACGCAACAAACCGUGAUACCUUUUCUCUUUUUCCCCAUUCGGACAAACAGGAGCAGUUUGUUGCGUCUGUCAAAGUCUGUGGUAUUUGUUAAUUUAUCGCUAAAGGAGUUUUAUUUUUUGAAGGUGUGGGGGAGGUGUAUUUGUUUUGAGUCUAACCCCCUACGUGUAUCAAUCCUAGAUGUUGCUUCUACUGCACACAGCUGUAUUAUCAAAGCAAUGGUCAUGUAAUACACUGUAAGAUAUUGUACAUUGAAAGCAUAUUAUUAAAUGUAUUUUAGCUGCAUGUGAACCCUUCAUCUAUUAAAUAUUUUUGUGACAAAUAAAAACUGAUUCCAGA